UGAGUCGGCGCAGUACGGUGUGGCGGAAGAGACGGGAUUCACUGCCAACUCGGCUGGACAGCAAGCUAGUGCGACUGCAGCGAUGCGUGCGAGCAUUUACGAUGUCGAAAAAUUUGACAAUAAGUAAUCAGAAGUGGAUGCGACAUUGAUGAAUUGGGUGUUCGUGUUGCGACAAGAUUAGGGAUGUGGCGCGAUCAAGUGUUCUAUGCGGCUCUGAGCCGUCCGGAGAUGCGUUUAGGCUGGGCAGCUGGAACCCCGCACCUACGCCUCGCGACUAGGCAUCACCUUGCACUGACACUACAACCACACCUACCGUCAUCGAUCACCGCUUAGUAGCUGCAAAAACCUCGCGCUUUGUACUCAUCAUCUUGACCUGGGUAUUUACCAUAUGCACGACUUAUCUUUCUCGUACUCGGCUGACAGAUAUACGCCUUCGAUCUCUGUCACUGUGCUUAGCUCACUUGGUUGAGAACCUACAUGCGUAUGGAAGAGGAAGCAUGAUGCUUUGUGAAGUAUGCUCACGCAUGUUCUCAAGUGGCGCCAAGGGUGGCAAUCACCAUACUAGCCUUGCGUCCUUCACCAAAGCAGCAGCAGAGGGUUGCUACAUCUGUGCUCCUUGGUUGAAGUACGCAAUGAAAGAGACCGGCCCCCUGGAAGAUUGUCUCGAUCCCAGAGGGAGUUACAGACGAUCCGGACACUAUCACACAUCGUCUGGGACUUUGUUACUAAAAUCCUCCGGAUGCGGGUCUUUAGAGAUGAAAAUGUUCAUAAAAAAAGGCGGAAAGGACCUAUGCUGGUCCCGAAAAUUUAUUAUCGCGCCGCAAGCAGUGCUACCGGUGAGAACAAAUGUCUACGAUAGAGGGUCUGUCUUACCUAUGAAUGAGUGUCUUCCGGCUGCGCAGGAGUGGAUGAGGUCCUGCCUAGACAAACACGAACAAUGCACAAAGCAUACUCAACCACACACAUAUCCUACCCGGCUUCUCGAGCUUGGAGGUCACAAUUGCCGCUUGAUUCUUCCACAAGAUCAUAGAUCUCUAGGCCCAUACGCUGCUUUAAGCUACUGUUGGGGGCCAAAUCCUAGCUUUAUUCGCCUAACAGCCGAUAACUUACAAGAAUUUCGUAUGGGACUACCUUAUACCAGUCUUCCCAUCGCUUUCCAAGAGGCGGUAGAUAUCUUAAAAGGACUUGACAUCCGAUACCUCUGGAUUGACGCCCUUUGUAUCAUACAGUCUGGAUUGGGUAGUAGCGAGGACUGGCAAUUUGAGUGUGGCCGGAUGCAAGAGGUGUAUUCGAACUGUAUCAUCAACCUCUCCCUGGCACAGGCGGCUCAUCCGAAUCAAAGUUGCCUUGGAGGCUAUACACUCGACUCUACACUGCCAUUCGAAGUCGAAACCGUCCAUGAAGGGCAUAAACAUGGCUCUGUGGUAACUGGCGAGUACACUGUGGUGUCUGGAGAUUACUUCAGAGAGGCACUCCACAAACAGCCUAUUGGUAGCCGCGCAUGGGUCAUGCAAGAGCGCUUGUUAGCCACCCGCGUGCUGAGCAUCGGUCACGGCGAACUCUUCUGGGACUGUCAGCAGGUUCCACAUGCAAGCGAAUCUCUUCCAUAUGGCUUUAGAUUCUGCUCUGACAUCCAGAGAAAUUUUCUAAAGACGAUUCUCGAUCUCUCGAUACCGUUCAUCCCGAACACUCCAGAGGAUGAGGAUCUGGGGAAGACUUGGUCAAAGUUGCUAGAAGAAUACACUACGUGUAAACUCACAUACCCUGAGACUGAUAAAUUGGCGGGGAUCUCAGCUAUCGCAACGCGUAUUGGCUACGCGAUGAACGACAAGUACCUCAGCGGCCACUUCCUCAGAACGCUACCGGGAAGCCUGUAUUGGAGAGCAAGGAGAUCUGUUCUGUCUAGUUCACAUGUCGAGAAGCGAGCGCAAAAAAGGCUGCUCAAGUCCUCAGGUCAGGUGGUAGACGACGAGUGGAUCAUCACUCCGAGCUGGAGUUGGGCAUCAAUGGAUGGUCAACUGGAGAUUCCGGUCAUUGGUGACAAUGGUACGAUGUGGCCAUUAUCCAUAGCAACCAUGGAUGGGUAUAGAUUCUCUGCAGUGGGCCAAAGAGGGCCUGAAGCUCAAGUGGAAAACAAGCUGCUGUUAACCAUUCGAGCCUGGUGUCGAGUAUUCGAAUGGAGAACCGAUCUACCAAAUGGUUACGGUGACAUAUUGUUCAUCUCGAGAAAUCUUGCAUUCCAGAUGGACGAUUUGCAAGAUUCACCAAAAGAUGGAAGCCAAUGCUUACUUGCGGUGCUCGUUCACUCCUAUAGUUUGGUAGCGGGUCUACUACUGAGCGAAAUUGACUUCAAUGGCGAGAAGGUAUAUGAAAGAAUGGGUCAUUUUCGCUGGUUCGGAGCCGUCGGAUUCGACGACGAAAGUUGGAAGACGAUAUUUACUGAUGGAGAACGUCCGAUAACUCUUUGUUGACAUUACUUCAGAGCUUCCCGCCAUCCCUGUGUACUUCAACUUUGAUCGGAAGUUUACCAUCGAGGAUACCAGUAUAUCUUUGAAUAUUCAGGAGUCCGCAACCGAGGGAGGAUGAACGAACAAGCAUAGUUCAGUAUUCUAGUAGGAGGAUUCAAUGGUGAGCUCCUCACGAGGCUUUUUGACGUACAAU